AUGAGUUUUUUCAAUAGCCAACCCGAUGAAGACCAAUGUCGUCAGUUUGUCGUUGACAUCAGUAAUACUUUCAGCAGCGAUGAUACCGAUGCUCCUAUUUGUGUCUUCAAAGUGCCCAACUCUCUAAGCGCGUCCAAACCAGAAGCUUACAUCCCUCAGAUAGUAGGCUUAGGAAUCCUUCAUCAUAGCCGGCCCCAGACUGAAGCAAUGCAAACGUACAAGCUUAAAGUGGCAAAGAAUAUUCAUAGGGGAUUAGGUAGCAAGGAUUUCGAUGAUCUCCAUGAGGGAAUGGAGGAGCUAGUGCCAUCUAUCCGGGCUUGUUACCAGAUGUACUUGAAUGAUAAUGAAACUUUGAUAGCAUUUGUAAUGGCGAUUGAUGGUUUGUUUUUGUUCAAGUUGCUUUGUUGCUAUGGCGUCCGUAAAGACACUCUAACCUCUUCAAAUAUUUUGCGUGGUUUAGUUGACCCUGCAGAUAUCAGAUUGCACCAGGAUGGGAUCAUUAGAGAUACGAUGAUGCUUGAGAACCAAAUUCCAAUAUUUGUGUUGAAAAUUAUCUUAUUCGUGGAAUGCUCAGAAUCAAAAACAAAGAUGCCACCUAUAGUUAAAGAAUGUCUUCCUCAACUGUUGUUGGGUUAUUGUAAAGCAUUCUCUCCGCUCAAAGUGCUUGAAAAGUACCCGAAUUCCGCAGCUUUAAAGCAUGCUCAUUUGUUGGAUCUUUUGUACCAUUUGAUUAUGCUCAAAGAGCCACCGGCAGCGGAGCCUGAAAAAGAAGAGCCGGAGGAAGAAGCAAGCAAAGGGAAACGGAAACGAGUCAGACGAUCGACGGGUCUGCAGGCCUUGGGUGUGAUAGCAAGUCUAGCUAUGCCACAAGAAGUUAGACAACCCAUUGAGCUGGUAAAAGGUUUACUUGAACUACCAUGGUCUAACCUUGAUCCAUCCUCCAUUAAAAACAUAGCUCCGGUUGAAGAGGAAAGCUUGAUUCCUACAGCAUCAAACCUGUGUGGUGUUGGAGUAAAAUUCUUAAGCGCGGAGCACAUCUCUGCCAUUGGGUUUGACCAAGCAACAACUUCGCUUAAGCUCCCCAUCAUUAAAUUGAGUGUUAACUCAGAGGUCAUUAUUAGAAACUUAGUGGCAUAUGAAGUAAUGUCCAAGCCAGAAUCAGAGCCGUUGACAUUUACACGGUACAUUGAACUGAUGAAUGGGAUUAUAAAGAGUGCUGAGGAUGUGGCGGUGCUUAAGAAUCAUCGAAUUCUAGAAAGUGAUCAGUCCAUUGAGGACGACGAGGUUGUGAAAAUCUUUUGUGGAAGCAAGCCCGGACGGUCUGCAAAUGCAGCUGAUUUAGACAAGGCCAUUGCGGAUGUUAACAACUAUUACAAUGGUUUAUGGAAGGUUAAGGCUUACAAAUUAAUCAAAAAGUUUGGGUUAACUUUAUGGCAUAUUCGCAAGCUUGUUGCUGCAAUCUUGCUCUUGUCGCUUUUGUCUCUCCAGACGUUCUGCACAGUCUAUGGCUGUCCUCGUAUAUUCGACAAGAGCAAGUGA